UACGCACGCAUGACGUCAGAAGCAGACUGAUAUUUCACAGCAGCAGUUCAACAAUAUUGUUUGACAAUCGGAGAACAAACGCACAUUCUUAUUUAUUAAUACUUCUUCUUUUGCGGUUAUUGACUUUAUAACGUCUGAAUACUUGAUCCACUAUUAGUGAUGGCAAACAAAUCGCCCGUUGACGAAGGACGCUACAUUUUGGAAGGACAAAAGGGGAAUCAACAGCAGGUUGAAAGCAUUUCCUCUGAUGAUGGUCAGUCUUUGGAUGACACAAGGCAACUGUUUGUGUCAGAAGAUCACAAACCAUACAGCAGUCUACCACUGGCAAGUUUUAACUACAUUAAUUCCAUCAUUGGGAGUGGAAUUAUUGGUAUCCCAUAUGCACUCCAUCAAGCAGGGUUUGGCAUUGGCUUGUUUCUUCUCAUUCUUGUUGCACUGGCUACAGACUAUUCCUUGGUUCUCAUGAUAAGAAGUGGACAUCUCAGUGGUGCUUUCUCCUACCAGGGUCUGAUGGAAGCAGCUUUUGGGAAGCCUGGUUUCAUCCUUCUCUCUCUUCUUCAGUUCAUUUACCCAUUCAUUGCUAUGGUAAGCUACAAUGUUGCAGUUGGUGAUACCCUUACAAAAGUUCUGAUGCGUUUGGCUGGAGCUGGUGCAGACUCUUUACUUUCUCACCGGAAAGUAGUGGUGGCUUUGGCCACAAUCCUUAUCACAGCUCCUCUCUGUCUAUACAGGGAUAUAGCGAAGUUGGCAAAAGUGUCUUUCCUGUCCUUGGUUUUUGUAAUUAUCAUCCUCAUAGCAAUACUUCUACGUCUGGGAACACUCCAUGGUACUAUACCAAACACAGAAGAUUCUUGGAGAUUUGCUAACUGGGGGAUUGUUCCAGCUAUUGGAAUUAUGGCCUUUGCAUUUAUGUGUCAUCACAACACAUUCCUCCUGUAUGAUUCAAUUCAGGAUGUAGAUCAACAUCGGUGGAACACUGUGACUCAUGCUUCCAUCCUCAUAUCCCUGGUGUUGUCAGCCCUAUUUGGAAUGGCAGGAUAUGCAACAUUUACUGGAAAUACACAAGGUGAUCUUCUGGAAAACUACUGCUGGCAUGAUGAUCUAAUGAAUGUAUCACGUAUCAUCUUCAGUAUUACAAUCUUGCUCACAUUUCCCAUAGAGUGCUUUGUGUCUCGUGAAGUCAUAGAGAAUAGUUUCUUUUCACAUCAGACAUCACCUGAGGACAACUGGAGAACAUUUCGUCAUGUUGGAAUAACAAUCUUCAUUGUUGUAACUACGUACCUCAUAUCUAUGUCUACUGAUUGCCUUGGUGUCGUAUUGGAACUGAAUGGUGUCCUAGCAGCAGUUCCAUUAGCGUAUGUACUGCCAGCUGUUAGCUACUUGAAGCUAGAGGAAGGAUCUCUACUUUCCCACAAGAAAUUUCCUGCUCUGUGUUUGGCUGCAUUUGGAAUAAUUAUUGCAGUCUUGGGUAUAGUAAUGCUUAUUACCAACAGCAACAAAGUAGAUACAUGCAGUCAUGGGAAUGAGCCACCAUAUUGCUUAGUUUAUGUUACUGGUAAAGAAAUUCUCAGUGGCUUAAAGAAUUACUCCACUGUCUGAUAAUGUAUGCUAAUUUAACAGUCAAGUAUAAGAUAUGAUUCUGCUUGCUGUUAAUCUUGAUUUUUCACAUGAGUUUUCUUUUCCUAUGAAGCAAGAAUCAUAACAUACUGGUUCUGAUCAAUUCGUUGAAAAUUAUACCAUGAACUGUAUUUCUGCAGACAGGCUACAUGAAAAAAUUAAAUAUUAUUUUCCAGUUUAAAAUAUCCAUCAAACUGUAGAACAGGUUACCACAAUUUAUGUCAGUUCUGUGCAUAAAUACUACCAAUCAAUAAAAAAACUAACCUAACAUAGACCUAGUUUAAAUAAAUCAAAGAAAGAGGUGUUUCAACUAAACCUAUAUACAAAGCAGCUUAUCUUAAGCUUAUGUGACAUGUGAUGUGCUGCCUGAAAGCCAGGCUAUAGGACAUCCAUUGCUGCACAACAGACAAUGAGAACGCAAGCUACAUAGGAAACUGCCUACCCAACAGAGGCAGAAUUGUUGAAUUCCCACGGCAACAGAUAGACCAGUUAAUAAAUAUGCCAGCUAACAGCAAAACUGAACCUAUUGACAAGGUGGUCUCUAUCCUGUCUGAGUGUAGGAUGUAAGUGAGAGCGAAGAAGAGAGUUCUGAUCCAAAGAGAGCUAAGGAUAGUUCAGAUUCAAUGAGCAAUCCAAGAAGAACAUAGAACGAAGACACUCCACUGAGAAUAGUGGUGCACAGAUGUUAUAACAGUUGAAAAGGAAACGUCAGAAGGCGUUAUAAGUGAGAGUGGUUAUAAUUUUGAGUGUAAACAAGCAAUUGUCCAAUAAACAUAUCUGUCUAAUCUGACACCCACAUAAAUUUCUUGCCACAUUACCUAGGAAACACAUGACACUGCCAUAUUUACCUCAAGAUAACACAGUCCCCCUUACCAAAGCAAAUUAACUUCAAAACAUCUCCCAUCCUCAGUUUUAAUGCUGAACCAAAUUUUUGUCCCAAUCACUAUUUAAUACAGUUCUGAAAACACACAUUUCAGCUACCUACUCCCAUAUUAUGGAUAACUAUGCUAUGCUAUAUUACACCAUUCAAAGCUUUGUACUACUUGUGAAUUAUAAGGGAGACAGGUACAAUAGAUGUGAGCCAUCUCAGAGUAUCUGAAUGCAGACUUCUCAUGCUUGAUCUCAAGAAACCUUAAAAGUAAAGUGAAUCUGAAAGUAACAAGUGUGUAUUAUU